CAACGUAGACACAAGCUCGAGCAGCCAACAAAAAAACCAAACAACCAUUAAAAAUGUUCAAAUACGUAAUUGUCAUCUUUGCCACCAUCGCCUGUGCUGCUGCCAAACCUCACAUAUUAGCUGCCGGACCUUUGGCUGCUGCUCCGUUGGCAGUUUCCGCUCCAGUACCUUUCAUCACCGCAGCCAGUAGCCAAAUUGUGGCGCGCAAUCAUAAUGGCAUCGCAUUUGCUCCAGUUGUCGCACCAGCACCCAUUGCACCGGUGGCGCCACUCGCCAAGGUUGUGGCUCCAGUCGCUGCUGCGCCAAUCGUUGCUGCUCCAGCACCCUUGUUUCCCCGUUAUGCUGCCGCUCCUGCACCACUUGUGACCCGUUACGCAGCUGCCCAAUUCGCCUAUUCAGCUCCUUUGGCUGCCCCAGCUCCUCUCUCAUUUGCGCCCGCAUAUGCCCCAACUCUGCGUUAUGCUGCCGCCCCUGCCCCAGUAGUGUGCCGUCUAGAAAAUAGUGGGGCGACAGCAAAUCGAGUGGGAGUAAUUAUGCGGGCAGCUGGGGUGAAUACACGAGUUGGAGUUGAGACUAAAGGUGCAGGAAUAAUUCGUGGUGAAACCAAAAUCUGUGGGAAUACGUUAAAUGAUGAUACCAAAGGCGCCACUUGUCGGGUCACUGGCACUAAGGAUGCUGGCGGUCUCGGCACUGAGUUGUUGGUGUUACUGAUUGCUGUGAACGCUGCUUGCGCAAUUGCUAAGCCUGAUCAAGUAGCUGUGGCUGCGCCUCUUCCUGCUACUCCUGCUGUCGUUGCCAACCCGUACGUUUCCGCUGCGUACAUCGCUUCUCCAUAUGCUGCUCCCGCCGCUUAUAGUUCUCCUUACGACACAUACUCUACUCCCUACGCUGCGUAUACGUCAACUUAUAGCGCACCCUAUGUCGCACCAUAUUCCGCCUCAUAUGCACCUGCCGCCUACACGAAUGCUCCAUUGAACUCCGCGGUCUCAAGUCAACGUGUGGAUAUACAGAGCAAUUACUAUGCAACACCAGUGAUAGCUGCGGCGCCGGCACCUGCCAAGUUGGUCGCACCCUCAGCUGUUGUUGUAGCCAAUCCUGCUCGCUUUGUUGCACCUGCUGCAUACCCUGCACCUGUAGCUGCGGCUUACUCUUCACCUCUAGCUGCAGCGUAUACUGCACCAGCUGCCCCCAUUCCUGCUGCUGCAGCAGCUCCUUCCAUCGCAUCCGUAGCUCCUGCGCGCUAUGUUGCCCCUGCGGCAGUUGCUCCAGCGCGUUAUGUGGCCCCCGCCGCACCAGUAAUAGCUGCGCCACCAGCUAAGCUGGUGCUUGCCUAAGCUGUGCUCAUAGAUGCAUUGCCACUAAACCGAUAAAUACAUAUUUGACAAAUACGUGAAUUCUUUUCUUUAGCUUUAAGUUGACACCUGUUAACCUCACCAACCAUUUUUGUUUGUGUUCUAAACUUAUACGUAUGUCUAUUCAUUAUUAAUUUUGCAAGUACCUGAAUAAAAGGAAGAAAUAUG